CAACAUCCCUCAUUCCCGCAUUGUUACUUGGCCGCCCGGCAGAGCAGCCCGCCAUCUCGCAAGCAUGCCCGAAGCGGCACAACGCGAGGCGCUCAUCUCGUCGACGCGCGCGGCAGAAAGCGAGCCCGAUCCUCACCGCGCCGCCGCAAUCCCUCCCUGGGUGCACGCCAACCACGACGCCGACAACGCAGCGCAAAGCGACCCAUUGCUGACCACGCUCACCCCUUCCAGACCCAACACCCGGCACUACAAGCCGCCGACGACGCAUUACAAGCCGGGGCGCAAAUGGGACCACUUGCGCAGCAGCGAGCCGCCGCUUCUCAGCGGCCCGAUUGCCGAGCAUCAAGAGCGGUGGAAGGGGUUUAUGAAGUCGGGCCCGAACCCGUACGAGGCGCAGGGGAGAGUGGUGGAUGCGGCGUGGAUGGAGGAGAAUAUGCCGGAUCUAUUGCCUGGGUGGCAGGAUGAGAAUGAGAAGGAGUCGCCUGCUCCUGUUGCGCAUGGCGUCACGGCGAAGGGAUUGAUGUACAAGGGUAAAUGGCUGAUUAGUCCGGAGAGGCAGGAGAAAUCUGUGAGGUUGUUCUGGCGACUCUUGCUCAAGAAUGCAUACGUCCCGCUCAUCUUCCGCAUCACCGUGCUCGCCUUCACGGCCGCGGCGCUAGGCCUGGCCGCGGCAAUCUACAUCAACGUCGACAAGGUGAACAACGACUCCGACCCCUACAACCAAUGUGCCACGCGCGCCUCCACCUUCAUGGCCAUCUGCGUCGGCUCCAUCGCCGUGCCCUACAUCAUCUACGUCACCUGGGACGAGUAUCUCAGCAAACCUCUCGGCCUCCGCUCCGUCGCCGCCAAAGUCCUCCUCCUCCUCUGCGACCUGUACUUCAUCUGCUUCGCCUCCUCCAACCUCAGCCUCGCCUUCGACGCCCUGUACGACCACCGCUGGGCCUGCUACGACGAGCACAUCACCAACUCCAACCACACCGCGCACAUCCAGGCUACCUGUCCCAAUAACACUGCCAUCUGCCUUAAGCAGCGGUCCCUGGCGGGCGUGCUGGUCGUCAGCUUGAUUGCGUGGUGUGUGACGUUUAGCAUUAGUGUUUUAAGGGUUGUCGAGCGGUUACGGCCGGAUUAGGGGCGGGUGCAUUCAUUGGGAUGCUUGUUUUGUGUGUUAGCGUUUUGAGCGUAACGAGGUCCAUCACUCAAUAUGCAUUCUCGACGAAAUAAAAUCUAGGGCAAACGAUAUCCAAGAAGAGAU